AUGACAAUCACAACAAAACCAAUAGAAACCAGGCGACGGCGGCGUCUGGAUCGGGAUCUGGAGGAAAUCUCGACCCAAUCGGGUGACAAUGCUGGCCGUGGGGGGCGCUUCCGUUCCUAUGGCUCGGGUCCCAAACUGUGUUUUGGCCCCUUCGUCAGGAAUCCCUCGAGCGUCUAUAUAUUCCGUGCUAAGACGACAGCAUCAACGCCAGAGACUCCCGGCCCGCGCAUACUAGAUGCCAAGGCCAUGUCAGAUCCGCAGUCGGCUCACCAUGGGCCCUCAACCAAAGGACCCUCCUCUGCGGGGACAGCAUCAACUCUGCAUGGCAACGAAUGGAUGCAGAAACUAGCUAGACUGUGUGGCCCCAGCGCUACCCUGCGCAAUGUUGGAACACCAAUGGCAGAAAUAGAGUCCAUGUUUGACUCUGUCUUCCCCCGAAACCCAGUCGAAACGCUUCGGGAUUUCCAGUCCGCUCAGCCCGUCAACGCGGUCCAGCUAUACGGCAGCAAUGAGGACAUAUUGGAUGCAUACUACAUUUUUAUACAUCCGUACUAUCCCAUUCUUCCUCCACCUGAUCGUUUGCCUGUCAUCCACAAUCCAGCUGGGGUAGACCAUCCUGAUCGAUUCAAGCCGGCGAGUCCGCUCGCGCUAGCCAUCUCAGCCAUGGUGGCGCUGGUACCCCAUAAAGAUGUGAAAAAUCCUGCCAGACCGGAACAUGUCAAGAUACGAAGAGAGGUUGCGUUGCGAUUUGCCGAAGCUGCAUAUGCAGCUAUUGCUAAGGAUUACCAGCCGUUACGGACUCCCGGCGGGUUUGAAGGCUCCUUGAGGGAUUCGAUCGGUCGGCCACCUUUUCAUUCCAAGCUCCCUGUGUGCCUGGAAGGUGUUAUUGCACUAUCUAUCCUAUGCUUCUAUGAAUAUGGCCAGCAAGGGAAUCUCGAUAACACGGCAAGGCUAGCAAAUGAGGCGUUGGAGAUGGCCUUCAUGCUAGGACUGCAUGAGUCACUGGAGGAGAAUGAGUAUGCCUUAGCCCGCCGCAGGUCAUGGUGGUUUGUGUAUAUGGCCGCAAGCCAUAUGGCAACUGUGACGGGCACGCCGGCUCCAUUCGACGUGUACGAUCCUUCAUUCGUGACCCCGUAUCCAAAGGGCUGGAGGCUCCGAGUUGAAGCCCAACAAGCUUUAUAUGAAGCUGGCAUUUUUGCUGUUGAGCUUGACGAGACUAUACGACGUAGAGAGGAUGCCUCAUGGAUUCAAAAACGAAUGACCGAGCUUGAUACUCAGAUUACCUCACUGUUAUUCGAGUGCCGAGAUACAUUGUCGGCAUCUCAAGGCCCACAGCCAAAUUGCGUCGAAUCCGUGGCGUCAAGCGCUUUGAGAUCGUAUGCUGAGAUAAAACUGCACAGCGCGCGAAUCAAAUUGCACCGGUACUGUGCCUUUCAAGAUGUGCCCAUGUUUUCUGAACAGCCAGGUCUGCACCCAAUCUCGCCCACCAAUGGAAACAUAGGAAGUAGUGCAUCCUGUGUUAGGACCUUGCCACAACGACCAGCAUCGAUACAAGAGUUUGGCAUCCAGUUUCCCUUCUCAGCGCACACAUCCUCAGUAAUCUGUGUUCAUGCAGCCAUAAAUCUUGUGACUUUACUGGACAGCCUUCCAUUCCCCAACCCGACCAAUGAUGUUUCUCCGACCAAUCUACCGUACAUAUUCCAGAAUUAUGAGGUUCCUCGAGCCAUGCCCACUUUGAUCAGUUGCGCCAUGCAGGCGGGCUAUACGAUGCUGACCCUGAGUUGCAAAGCUAGACCUUUUGUGACAAAAGUGCCCGAGUUGGAAGCAGGUGACUUUCCCUUAGCAGGUCUGAGGAAUGAGCUGGAACAGAGCCUGCGAGUAGUGGCCAAGUUCUUGGCGAACCAUGCAAUUGCCUUUGAAGCAAUUCAAGGAAUGCGAGAUGAGAUGAUGGAAGCGAUAGAACGUGAAUUCGGCCAGGUCUGAAAGAACCGAUGUUAUAUGUGAAAGACAGCACUUCACGUUCUUGGAUCAUUGCAGAUGGUCACCGUUGUGAGUGCAUGAUACGGAUUCACGCAGAGCACAAAACUUUGGUUGAUAAGAUCUUCUAUUCAAUACCAAGAAGGAACCUGAGAUGGUGCUGCAUAGAUGCACUGAAAUUUCUGGGCUUAUAGACAUAACGAGCUACUAUCAUACGAGAGGCAUUAGCGUACUGUUAGAAUUGUAUACCAAAAGUCUCACAAUACUCA